AAACCCAUCAACAAAAAAAUCAAAUUUUUGAGAUCCAAGAAAAACACCCAACAAAGACGAUGGAGAGAGCUGCAGAGAAAGUGUAUGUAGCGAUUGGGAAUGACGUACAAGAAGGCCUUGCAACUCUCGAAUGGACACUCAGAAAAUGGUCGUCUUCUCAAUUCUCCAUUGUUAUCCUUCAUGCAGAUAUCAAUAAGGAUUAUGUCUACACAUACUAUGGAAAGAUCCCUGCAAGUUAUGUCAAUGAUCAAAGUGUUGACUUUCUCAAGAAAUGUGAGCAAGGGAAACUCAACAAGAUUCUACGUCAGUACAUAGCUUUCUGUGGCCAAGUGAAAACAGAAAUUCUAAACAUCGAAAAAUGCGAUGAACCGAUACACAAACGAAUCGUACAACUCGUUUCGGGUCUUGGAAUUUGCAAACUGGUGAUGGGGAUUACGUUCUUGAAGUCGUCUUCAUGGAAAUAUGGAAAUCUAUUGAGUGGAUUGAAGCAUAUUCAGCAAAAGAAGCCUGAUUUCUGCGAAUUAUACUUGAUAAGUGGAGGGAAGUUGUUCUUGUUGAAAGAUGAAAACAAUGAGGGAUUCAUAGAAGACGAUCAAGGAGCGAAAUUGAACAAAAAGAGAGGGAGUUUCAGAGGUUGGAUUGGUAAAAUGUUCCCGGAAAAUGUAAAAAGUCCUCGGUUUUCGCCUUCUUCGACAAGUGUAGAUUCGCCAUCGAUCUGGGAGAAAUGUGCAGAAGAGAUUGAAGGGUACUUCAAUCACUUAGUUGAAGAAUCAGAAAGUGGGCAGGUUUCAGAUGAAAUCUUGGAGAGCAAUAGAUCCACAUCUAUACCCAGAAAUUUGACUCCGACACAGAAAACCGAAUUUCUGAGAGUCAAAAUAGGCGAAGCACGAGAUGCCAUUCAUUUGAAGAGAAGAGAAGCCAAGGAAAGUGUUCAAAGAUAUUCAAGAGCAGAAUGGGCAAUUAAUCUGUGCACAUCAAGGUCAGAGGAUCUUGAAGCUCGAUUAAACGAAGAAACCAUGAAACGAGGGGCUCUAGAGAAAGAUUUGGAGACCAUAAGAGAAGAACUUAGUGAAACCCGAAUUAGACUCGACCAAAACAGAAACAAGCUUGACUCAACGCUCGAAAUCCAGAGGGAACUGUCGAGAAAACUUAAAUCAUCAACAAUGGUGAAAUCACAAUCCCAAGAACAAUUAGGGAAGAUGAUCAACACAAGGGGUGGCAUGAUUCAAGAUAUAGAAAAGCUGAGGAAACAAAAAAACGUUAUGCAGCGACGAAUCGAGUUUUGCAGAGAUAAAGAUGCUAUCGAAAUGGUGACAAGAUUGAAUAAUUUCGGCUUCUCUUAUAAAGAGUUUACUGCCGAGGAGAUUAGAGCAGGAACCGAUCAUUUCUCGGAACACUGCAGAAUAAAAUGUUCUGGUGAUUUCACAAACGUGUAUAGAGCUCGAAUCGAUCAUACCACAGUUGCUGUCAAGUUAUAUGACUUCAGGAUCAGACAAGUUUCAGAAGAAGAAUUUGAUACCAAGGUGAAGGUUCUAAGCCGCAUACAACAUCCGCAUGUAGUGGCCAUGAUCGGGUUCUGCAAAGAGCUAAAAUGCAUCAUUUUCGAGUAUAUGCACGAAAGCUGCCUAAGAAACGUGUUUUUCUCUAAUAAUAGAAAAAAUCAAGCUCUAAACUGGCAUGCUAGAGUCGGUAUAGCAGCCGAAGUUUGUUCAGGCUUGAGCUUUCUGCAUCUAUCGAAGCCCAGGCCUAUGGUUCACGGCAACUUGAACCUAGGCAAGAUCCUUUUGGACCGUAAUCAUGUUGCAAAAGUAAACGGGUUUAGGCUAGACUUCUCGUUUGAUGAAUCUGAUAUCAGGUCUGAUAUUCAGGAUUUUGGGAGUUUGGUGCUGCAGCUUCUGACUGAGAGAAAUUGGUGUGGGUUUCUCGAUGAGGUAAACAUGAUGAACGAAGCUACGCUUGUGGAGGUUUUGGAUCAAAGGGUUGGGGAAUGGCCGUUGCAGGUGGCAAUGGAGCUUGCUAGAAUAGCAAUACGGUGCUCAUCUAGCGGUGACGGUGCGUAUACGGGGAUGACGAUGGUGAUGAAAGAGAUGGAAGAGGUGAGGAAGAAGGCGGAUGAUGUGGUGGCGGGUGUCGGAUGUUCGGUAAACGAGUUUAAUGUGGAUUCGGAUGACGAAACCAUCAUACCAGCUUCCUUCUUUUGUCCAAUAUUAAAGGAUGUAAUGAAGAACCCACACAUUGCUUCAGAUGGAUUCUCGUACGAGCUGAGCGCCAUAAAGCAAUGGCUAGGAAUGAGCCACAAUACAUCACCGUUGACAAACUUAGACCUAGAACACAAACGCCUUACUCCUAAUCACACCCUUCGGUCCUUGAUUCACGAUUGGCACAAAAAAAGAUCCAUUCCUCUAACAUAAACCGUAUGUAACA